AUGUCGGUAAGAAAUCGUACGGCACCCGGUCCCGACAGAAUAAGACCAGAACACCUGAAGAGCCUUCCGCCAGUACUCAUCAACACCCUGGCGAGGCUCUUUACACGUUAUCUGUCGGAAUGCAAGGUUCCUAAACAGUGGAAGACCAGCAAGACCGUGUUGUUGUAUAAAAAGGGAGAUCCACAUGACAUCGGCAACUAUCGCCCAAUCUGCCUACUGUCCGUCAUCUACAAGCUCUUUACAAGAGUAAUCCUUAAUAGGAUUGAAAAAGUCCUGGAUGAAGGACAGCCAUGCGAGCAAGCAGGGUUUCGAAAAGGAUUCAGCACGAUUGACCACAUUCACACUGUUUCGAAACUCAUCGAGGUAUCACGAGAGUACAAGAUGCCGCUCUGUCUCACCUUCAUCGACUUAAAGAAGGCUUUCGACUCGGUUGAGACGGAAGCGGUCGUGGAAGCCUUGGACAACCAAGGCGUCCCUACUCAGUACAUAAAGGUACUUCGAGAGUUGUACAGUAACUUCACGACCGGAAUUUCGCCAUUCUACAAGAACAUCAUCAUUGACGUGAAGAGGGGGUCCGACAGGGUGAUACAAUUUCACCCAAAAUAUUCACAGCCACCCUCGCGCAGUAAUGACGACAGGGAGGGGAUGUCGGCAGCUACACCAUUUGCGCUUUCUAUGACAUCGUACUGGUACUAG